GGUAGCGGAAGUCGCUGCCGCUGUUUUGAAAUCAGACCGCCGGAAUCUUCCAAGCUCCUACCCUCGGCGAGGCCGGCAGCUGCCCAGGGUCAGCCGGCCACGCUGACGCCUACUCUCCGGCCCUGCUGACCUGACCUCGCAGCCGGGCCAUGUCCACCCCUCCGUUAGCGGCGUCGGGGAUGGCGCCCGGCCCUUUCGCCGGGCCCCAGGCUCAGCAGGCCGCCCGGGAGGUCAACACGGCAUCGCUCUGCCGGAUCGGGCAGGAGACGGUCCAGGACAUCGUGUACCGCACCAUGGAGAUCUUCCAGCUCCUGAGGAACAUGCAGCUGCCAAAUGGUGUCACUUAUCAUACUGGAACCUAUCAAGACCGGUUAGCAAAGCUCCAGGAUCACCUUCGCCAACUUUCCAUCCUCUUCAGGAAGCUGAGAUUGGUCUACGACAAAUGCAAUGAAAACUGCGGAGGGAUGGAUCCUAUCCCAGUGGAGCAACUUAUUCCAUAUGUGGAAGAAGAUGGCUCGAAGAAUGACGAUCGGGCUGGCCCACCUCGUUUUGCCAGUGAAGAGAGGCGAGAAAUUGCUGAAGUAAAUAAAAAACUCAAACAGAAGAAUCAACAGCUGAAGCAAAUUAUGGAUCAAUUACGAAAUCUCAUCUGGGAUAUAAAUGCCAUGUUAGCAAUGAGGAACUAAACUGAUAUUUAAAUUUCCGGCUUUACACAUGUUACACCAUUUUUUUCCCCUCAAGUAUUUUUUUUUUCCUUUGAAGGAGAUUAUUUAUCUGCUGUUAUUCUAGUCACUAGAAUUAAAGUUCCUAUUUUUUACAUUGUGGUUUUACAUUAAAGUAUUCACUGGGGAUUUUUUUUAAGCUAUUGAUUCUGUGAAAGAUUAUUGUAAUAAACUUUGGUAGGGUUUAUUUUUGGUUAAUUUUCAUGAAUAAUUCUUUUUUAAAAACAAGUUUUAUAAAUUUCUAAAUUUGAUCAGUGGUUGUUCUGUUCAUUUCAUUACCCUUUUAGGGAAAAAGUUUUAAACAUUUUUGCAGAUGAAAAUAUCAAGUACAGUCAAUCAGUGGUACAAAUUAGAAUUAAACAUGUAAGUUACCAUUUCAGCUUAAUUUUUUAAAUUUAGUUUGAGUCUCAAACAAUUUAAAAUGAGAAAACAGGUACCUUGUAUACUGCUUUAAGUAGAUGAAAAUUAAAAUUACUUUUAUUGUGUUUUCAA